AUGAAGGAUGAAUCGACCCCCGCCGCGGAUCCGGUGCCCCCAGAGGAGAUGGAGAUGGAUUGUGAUCCGGCGAUGUGGCCUGAGCCACCGGAGCUGACCAUCAUCCAUUCCCUCAAUGAGGCCGGGGUGGCCUGUGUGCUUCUUGGGGAUCUGGCGCUUCGAGCCUACGGCCUGAGCCUUUAUCCAAGGGGCAUCGACCUGGCCGUCGCGGACGAGGACACUCGGCGUGUCGAGGAGGUCCUUGAGGGCCGGGGGCUGGCAUUGUGUUUCGACCGCAGGUGCACCCUCUGGGACGAGGCCGACCAAUACUUCCUCUCGGCGAUCCACUGCCACCUCACCGCUCCCAGAAACGUCAAUGAGAGCACUAGGGGGUGGAACAAAAGCGUCCUACACAUCUGGGCACGAUCCGUGCUCCUGGAGAAGUUGCCGAAUGGUAUCCCCGUCCCGAGCGACAUCACCGCCCACGACGAGGACUUCAUGCUGACCUCCGAUCCCCGCCUCCCCGAGCCUGCGCCCGACCUGCUGGGCUGGAUGCCCACUCGGUGGGUCGGCCGCUGGAGGGCGGGAGUCGUGAUCCUGACGCCCAAGAGCUUCCUGGAGCAGAUGUUCUGGCACGUGCUCCGGGACUUCCGUCCAUACGACGCCAAAUUCAAAAGUCCCUGGGAGCUGCACAUGUGA